ACCGGGCAUUGGUGUAGUUUUUGGAGGAGCAGAGAUGGCGACGAGGAAUCAGACUGCGCUAUUUCGGAAGUACCGUCAAGCUUUGCGGUCUGUGAGGCCGUUUGCGGGCGCCUCGUCUCGCCACGGCGGGGCGAUCGAGCUUGUGGAAGCGCCCUUGCUCAAAGGCGGGCCCCGGGGUUACAAUGCCGUUGUUGGGGAAGACCUUGAUGCCGAUCGCCUCAGUGCGGGGUCAUCAACACUGAAUCUACCGCCGGGUUGGGUCGAUAUAUCAGACCAAGUCUCUGCGGAUAUGCAACGGGCACGGUCGAAAAUGGCGGAGCUAGCGAAAGCACAUAGUCGCGCUUUGAUGCCUUCAUUUGAUGACUUUUCUAAGGAGGAGCAUACUAUUGAGUUGUUGUCCCAGCAAAUCACCAAGUUGUUAAAGAAGUGCGAGCAGAAGCUCCAGCAGCUUUCACGACCCUCGGGCCCGAGUGAACAAGAUGCUAGUAUUCGCAAGAAUGUACAAAGAUCAUUAGCAACGGAUUUGCAAACCUUGUCCAUGGAUUUUCGGAAGCAACAGAAAGGUUAUUUGAACAGAUUGCAACGGCAGCAAGAGGGACAGGCCGUCGACGAUGGGAUUGGAUUGAGAAAGCAGCCAAAAUUGAGCGAAGAUGAUGACUUCUCUCAGAGUUUGUCGAAUCAACAUCUUCAACAACUUAGACAAAAUGAAGCUUUGUCCAUUGAACGAGAGAAGGAAAUUAGUCAGAUUGUGGAGUCUGUUAAUGACUUAGCACAAAUCAUGAAGGACCUUUCAGUUCUCGUCAUUGACCAGGGAACAAUAGUCGAUCGUAUAGAUUACAACAUCACCAAUGUUGCUGCCUCCGUGGAGCAGGGGGUGAAAGAACUUGUCAAGGCAGAGGAGACUCAGAAAAGAGGAGGCAUGGUGACAUGUAUAUUGGUGCUCAUUGUUCUGUGUGCAGCCAUGCUCAUAAUUUACGUCCUGAAAAAGAUCAUUGGACUCUGACAUGGUGGUCUCUAGGUGGGCAAGUAUUGUGAGCAGCUUCUUAUUCGCAUGCAUCUCCGAUGCUAGCACUUGAAUGAGAACCACAUUGGGGUGUGCAAACUUUGUUCACAUCGAAUGGCAUACACAUUUAGCUUUAUAAUGGCUCACUUGUUCAACAUGUUGACUAGGGCAAUGAUCAAAGGUAAUUGCUAUCCCAGGACAUACCUUGGAGUGAUAUACUGUGAUAUCUACCCCACCAACACGUUGGCCUAGGGCACGGUGGGUUUGAAGAAAUGGCUGUCUUGGAGUGGAGGAAUGAAGAGUGUAAUACCAGACAUGUAUUCUGAGGAAGGUGCUCUAGGUUCAAAGCGUUUGAGACUGGAGUGUUGACGUAUUCGGAUUUGCCCACUUCCAGCAGCUGUGGACUUGUAUGUCAACCUCGCCUGAGCUGUUGAUUUGAGCAUUACCCAGACUUGUGGAAAAUUUUCUCGACUUUCAAGCACCUUUUCAGUGUUGCAUUCUUUUGCUGAGGAUAUGCUCGGACUUGGAACUAUGUGGAGCUCUGAAACCUUGAGGUUGGAUUCCAGAAGCAUGUAUAGCAAGAUGCUUGUGGGAGAAUUGGGAUGAUUGACAAUAGUUGACAUACCUGGCGCUCCUUCGUGUACCUCAUUUGUUCUCUUCAAAAUGUACAAUAACUCUUCAAGUACACUGUCGGAAGCUUAUGUUGGA